AUGACGUCACCAACUUCAGAAGCGACGGAGUCAAGUUCUGCUGCCUCUACCGAUUAUGAGCCUGAAGUUACAACUGAUUUUACGGUGAACGGCUCUACCAAGUUGAAUGAGAUAUCACCAGAAGGCACUGAUUAUACCACGCCAACAACGUCUGAAAACCUAGCGAACACAGCACCCUCUUCUACAAAUAGCAUGAGAGUUACAACGCCAGAAAUCGCUACCAUUACGACCGCAAUCCCAGAAGAAACACGGAGUAGUAUCAGCAGUACGGAAUUAGUGCCAACUACCAACAUGCCUGAAACAACGAAAGGUUCUUCUAUUGAUGCUUCUUCUGUUUCCACCAUGAAAGAUCGCACGUCUACCAAAAACCGCAGCACGUUGACAACGACAAUGGGUACAGUGGUCAUUUCUACAGGACCUAGGUUUUCGACUGCCGUGUCAUCCCCGGUCGCAUCAACACCUAGUCCAUUUACAACAAUCGUGAUCUCGAAUAAAGCAUCUUUCAUGACUACAGCUUUUCUUUCCAGUAUGAGGGCGCCAUCUACAUCAGUGCUGUCAUCUGUUAAAUCAACCCCGGGAGUUACUAGUACAACAGCGACCAUCCCCACUAGUACCAAAUUGACCACUAGUAUCAAACCGACCACUAGUACCAAAUUGACCACUAGUAUCAAACCGACCACUAGUACCAAAUUGACCACUACUAUCAAACCGACCACUAGUACCAAAUUGACCACUAGUAUCAAACCGGCCACUAGUACCAAAUCUUCAACAUCACCACGAUUAAAAACUUCGUCAACACUGUCACGCUCUACAACUACUAUCGCAAGAACCAUAUGGCAUAGGACCACCACUCCCAUAUCUUCCUCUCCACCACCAACUAAAAAGGCCGUGGGAACAAAUGUGGUCGGGCAGAGUCAGUUUAUGAAGAGUCUCUUGGCCAAAACUGGAAUUAACAUCGGAGACUGGAUGUUGAUUUUAUUUAUCGCGGUGGGCGUGGUAAUACUAAUACAGAUGGUCAUUAUCGUCCUUUUUGUCAAGCAAAGGUGUAACAGCGAAAAGCCCGCACCGGAAGCAAACAGCGACGGAAGAUACAGCUCUUUGAGGGAAGAGGGCACCUGUGAGAUUGGUCAAAACGUUACUGAAGGUGGCGACACAGGCGGGAACAACCAAGCUAUGACAAUUGAAAAUCCUCUUUUCGAAGUUGACGAUUGCAACGCUAAUUCAGCUAUUAACAUUUACUUGGUAUCAUAUAUAUUUAUAAUAAUAAUAAUAAUAAUAAUGAUUAUA